GCGCUCCCCCAGCCCGCGGCCCUGGCUCCUGUCCUCACUUCCUUCCCUUUUUGGCUCCGGCGCUCGGAGCGGGCGGACGUAGGGGAGAGCGGAAAGGGCGGGAGGGCCGGAGCCGGCGGGGGAGCCGGGGGGUGCGGAAAAGCCGGGGAGGGGACUCGGCCGGGGACCGGAGACCGACGGGAACAGCGGCCCGGGACCCGCGCAGUCCCCACCCGUCCCGAGCAGGCGCCCCCAUGGCCCGACCCUGCUGACGCCUCGGCCAUGCUCCCGCGGCCCCUGCGGCUGCUUUGGGACACGAGCCCCCCCGGGGGAGUGGUGCUGAGCAGCUUCCGGAGCCGAGACCCCGAAGAGGGUGGGGGCCCAAGUGGCCGGGGCGUGGGCGAGGGGCAGGAGGAAGAGGAGGAGGAAGAAGACGAGGCCCCUGUGUCUGUCCGGGAUGAGGAAGAGGAUGGUGCCACCUUUACUGUCACAAGCCGCCAGUAUCGGUCUCUUGAUCCCCUGGCCCCGACACCGCCCCCGCGUUCCUCCCGAAGGCUCCGAGCUGGCACCCUGGAGGCUCUGGUCAGACACCUGCUGGAUGUCCGGACAUCAGGGGCUGAUGUGACCUUCACAGCAACCUUCCUGGCCACCCACCGGGCCUUCACCUCCACGCCUGCUCUGCUCGGGCUUAUGGCUGACAGGCUGGAAGCCCUGGAGUCUCAUCCUGCUGAUGAACUAGAGAGGACAAAAGGGGUAGCCAUCUCUGUGCUGUCAACCUGGCUGGCCUCUCACCCUGAGGAUUUUGGCUCUGAGGUCAAGGGUCAGCUUGACCGGCUUGAGAGCUUCUUGCUUCGGACAGGGUAUGCAGCAGGGGAGGGUGUUGGGGGGGACAGCGCUGACCUCAUCCGAAACCUCAGGUCCCGGGUGGACCCCCAGGCCCCCGACCUUCCUAAGCCCCUGGCCCUCCCCGGCGAUCCCCCUGCUGACCCCACGGAUGUCCUGGUGUUCCUCGCUGACCACUUGGCCGAACAGCUGACCCUGCUCGAUGCGGAGCUGUUUCUCAAUCUGGUUCCCUCUCAGUGCCUGGGGGGCCUAUGGGGUCACAGAGACCGGCCAGGACAUUCUCACCUCUGCCCAUCUGUGCGAGCUACCGUCACACAGUUCAACAAGGUGGCAGGGGCAGUGGUCAGCUCUGUCCUGGGGGCCAUCUCAACUGGAGAGGAGCCUGGGGAGGUGACCAUACGGCCACUGCGUCCGCCCCAGCGGGCCCGGCUUCUGGAGAAGUGGAUCCGAGUGGCAGAGGAGUGUCGUGUACUCAGGAACUUCUCUUCCGUGUAUGCCGUGGUGUCGGCCCUGCAGUCCAGCCCCAUCCACAGGCUUCGGGCAGCCUGGGGGGAAGCAGCCAGGGACAGCCUCAGGGUCUUCUCCAGCCUCUGCCAGAUUUUCUCCGAGGAGGAUAAUUAUUCCCAGAGCCGGGAGCUGCUCCUGCGGGAGGUGAAAGUGCAGCCCUCUCUGGAGCCAAAUUCCAAGAAGGCCCCGAAGCCUGGCUCCCGGGGUGGGGGUGUGGUCCCAUACCUUGGCACCUUCUUGAAGGACCUGGUGAUGCUGGAUGCAGCCUCCAAGGAUGAGCUUGAGAAUGGAUACAUCAAUUUUGACAAGCGGAGGAAGGAGUUUGCUGUCCUUUCUGAGCUGCAGCGGCUCCAGAAUGAAUGUCGUGGCUAUGACCUCCGACCCGACCCUGACAUCCAGCAGUGGUUACAGGGGCUCCGGCCACUGACAGAGGCCCAGAGCCAUCGAGUGUCCUGCGAGGUGGAGCCACCUGGUACUGGUGACCCUCCUGCCCCUCGAGUGCUUCGGCCUACGCUGGUCAUCUCGCAGUGGACAGAGGUUCUUGGCUCUGUUGGGGGUCCCACCCCGCUUGUCUCCUGGGACCGGCCCAAUGUUGGGGGAGAUGAGGUGUCUGGAAACCCUGCUCCUCUGUUGACUCGCCUGGCCCAGCACAUGAAGUGGCCAUCUGUGUCAUCUCUGGACUCCGCCCUGGAAAGCACUCCAUCCCUGCACAGUCCGGCGGGCCCCAGCCACCUCUCCCCGCCAGCAUCCUCUCCUAGGCCUUCUCGAGGUCACCGCCGUUCAGCUUCCUGUGGUUCCCCACUCAGUGGGGGUGCAGAAGGGGCCUCCAGGGGGCCUGCAUCCGGGGGAGGGGGCUCGGGGCCGGGGGCUUCUGAUUGUCGAAUAAUCCGAGUCCAGAUGGAGCUGGGGGAAGAUGGCAGUGUCUACAAGAGCAUCUUGGUGACAAGCCAGGACAAGGCUCCAAGUAUCAUCAGUCGUGUCCUUAAGAAAAACAAUCGUGAUUCUGCAGUGGCUUCGGAGUAUGAGCUAGUGCAGCUGCUGCCAGGGGAGCGAGAGCUGUCCAUCCCACCCUCCGCCAAUGUCUUCUAUGCUAUGGACAGAGCUUCACACGAUUUCCUCCUGCGGCAGCGGCGAAGGUCCUCUACUGCUACACCUGGCCUUGCCAGCGGCCCCUCUGCCUCAGGAACUCCCCCGAGUGAGGGAGGAGGGGGUUCCUUUCCCAGGAUCAAGGCCACAGGACGCAAGAUAGCCCGGGCACUGUUCUGAGGAGGAAGCUCUUGGCUCACAGAACUCUUGAUGACCACACCAGAUGUGGUAGCCAUGCUGAAUGGUGGCAGUUACAUUGCAUUGGGAAGAAACCCAGAAAGGUGGCCGACUACCCUGGGGCAGUGAAGUGCCACUGGUUUGUCAGACAGCCGAGAUCCCGCCCUGUGGGAACUGGUAAUGAAGUUGGAUACCUGUAUAACCCCCUUUUCCAUGAAUGUAGCACGUGGCCAUGCCAUAGCAUGCCAAGGGCCAAGAGAAGGCCUAAAAGGGGAGAAGAAAGACCUAGAGGCUCUGAGUCCCAGGAAGAGAGGAUGGCAAGAAGUAGGUUCCUGUUCUGGGGGUUCCUGUCACUGUGACAACACUAAUAAACCAAACACUACCUGAAUUCUA